AUGAUGAUGGCCUACGUAAAAGAUGACACCAACAACCUCAUCUACGACAAGAGGAACCUUCUAGCCGAUCUCUUCACGGUGGGAGUCAGCCAUGUCAUGCCUCUAAAGGUCCUUAACCCUGGACUCAUCUACGACAUCUCUCUGACGGACUAUUAUCCAUACCUCUGUGGCCUUGGCUAUAGUGUCUCCGACAUGAGCAUCAUCAUCCACCAUAAAAUCAAUUGCUCGUCGAUCAAGAGCAUCCCAGAAGGAGAGCUCAACUAUCCUUCCAUCACCAUCCAAUUGUCGGCGAACGAGGCAAGGACGGUAACCAUCACAAGGAUUGUGACCAACAUUGGCAAGGCAGUAGCGACUUACUACGCAAAGUUGGACAUCCCCGAUGUGGUUUCGGCACAUGUAGUUAUGAGAAGCUUAACCUUCUAG